UACGUACUAUCUUUUAUAAUAAUAAUAAUCCUUUUGGUACUCUUUUUGAUUUUGUUUAUCGCUAUAAUCUGCAAGUGGUUAGCUUCUUCUUUGCCUCUUCAGGUUCUCCAACCAUUCAAUUCAGCACAAUGAGAGAAAGCGUUACUGGAAUGGUAUAGGUAUGUACAUUCUAUAAUUUUUUUUGCACAUUUUCGACGAUUUUGAAGUUGCUGAAGAUGCAUUAUUAUGAAAUAUUUUUGAAGAAUUUUCCAGCAAAACGCCUUGCCACCACUCUCUGCGUAUAGUACAAACGCGUUUUUCCGAGUCUGAAUCAAUUUAUUAACUAAAAUGCAAACGGAUCCAAACGGACCAAACCCCAAGAAAUCCAAAGAUUCGCCAUCAAACUCAGCUAACACCGAGUCAACUCAGUCACCCUCUCCAUUCCCAGAUGAAGUCCUGGAAAAAGUUCUCUCAUUUCUAAACUCGGACAAGGACAGGAGUUCAGUUUCACUGGUUUGCAAGGACUGGUACAAUGCUGAGCGCUGGACAAGAACCAAACUUUUCAUAGGCAAUUGCUAUUCAGUCUCUCCGGAGAUUGUGGCAAGAAGGUUUACAAAAAUCAAGAGUGUCACGCUCAAAGGGAAACCUAGGUUUUCCGAUUUCAAUUUGGUCCCUCAAAAUUGGGGAGCGGAUGUGCAUUAUUGGCUUCUUAUGUUUGCCAAUGUCUACCCCUUUCUGGAGGAAUUGAGGCUUAAGAGGAUGACUAUCAGUGAUGAAAGCUUGGAGCUUCUGGCCACAUCAUUUCCGGGCUUCAGGGCUUUAUCUUUGAUGAGUUGUGAUGGAUUCAGCACAGAUGGGCUCAAAGCUAUUGCCACCCAUUGCAGGAGCUUGACUGAGCUUGACAUACAGGACGUGGAUAUGGAUGACUUUUGUGGUGGUUGGCUGAGUUGCUUUCCUGAGGAUUUUGGUUCACUGGAAGUACUGAACUUUGCCACCCUCGACAGUGAGGUCAAUUUUGAUGCUCUUGAGAGACUUGUAAGUCAGUGCAAAUCGUUAAGGGUUCUCAAGGUCAAUAAGACUAUUACAUUGGACCAAUUACAACGACUGCUUUUGCGGGCUCCUCAGUUGAUGGAGCUUGGUACAGGUUCCUUCCAGCAAGAGCUUUUGCCUGGUCAAUUUGGAGACCUUGGGAUUGCUUUCAGCAAUUGUAAAAAUCUUCGAACUCUUUCUGGUUUAUGGGAAGUCGCUUCCAUCUACUUCCCUGUUCUUUAUGUGGCUUGUGCCAGUCUGACUUUCUUGAACUUGAACUACACGGCUCUUCGAAGUGAUGAAUUUGGAAGUCUUCUUGCUCACUGCCCCAAUUUGAGGCGCCUAUGGGUCCUUGAUACGGUUGAAGACAAGGGGCUUGAGGCUGUUGGAUCCAGCUGUCCCUUGCUUGAAGAACUACGAGUCUUCCCUGCAGAUCCUUAUGACCAGCAUCUUCGCCGUGGGGUGACUGAGUCAGGUUUUGUGGCUGUAUCUCGUGGAUGCAGAAAACUCCAUUAUGUCCUUUACUUCUGCUGGCAGAUGACUAAUGCUGCUGUUGCCACCAUUGUACAGAACUGCCCCAAUUUUACCCACUUUCGCCUUUGCAUAAUGAAUCCAGGUCGGCCAGAUUACCUCACAAAUGAACCCAUGGAUGAGGCCUUUGGUGCAGUGGUUAAAAAUUGCACUAAGCUCCAGAGGCUUUCAAUGUCGGGCCUUCUAACUGAUCUGACUUUCGAGUAUAUUGGGAAGUAUGCCAAAAAUCUCGAGACACUUUCUGUGGCUUUUGCUGGCAGCAGUGAUCGGGGGAUGCAGUGCGUUCUUGAAGGUUGUCCAAAGCUAAGGAAGCUUGAGAUAAGAGAUUGUCCAUUUGGGAAUGCUGCUCUUCUGUCUGGACUAGAGAAAUAUGAAACAAUGCGGUCAUUAUGGAUGUCAUCUUGUAAUGUGACAAUAAAUGCAUGUCAGCGACUUGCUAGGGAGAUGCCGAGAUUGAAUGUUGAGGUAAUGAAAGACAAGGAAAGUGAUGACAGUCGAGCUGACAAAGUUUAUGUCUAUCGUUCGGUAGCAGGGCCAAGAAGAGAUGCACCACCUUUUGUUCUCACUCUUUGAUCGCCUGGAAAUAAAAAAUUAAAAAAAGAAGAUUUCUUGGUUAGUAAUUGCUUCUUUUAAUAUCUUUCAGUUUGUUAAUCAAAUUCUCGUCCAAAACUAUGGGCCAAGUGACUCUUGAAAGCAGGGGCAGAGCUAGGAUUGUUAAAUCAGGGGCAAAAGGUGGGUUUGCUGUAGUGUAAAAACAACUAAUACCUGUACAAGGGUUGUAUUUUAGUUUGUAUAAUGAGGUUUUGAAAUUGAGUGUGGGGGUAGCUGACCCCAUUGUCCCCACACUAAAUCUGCCCCUGCUUGAAAAUAGUCAUUUUGUAUCAAGUUAAGAUAAAAUUGUUGCUUACAUAGUAUCUUUGGACCCUUGAUGGUUUGUGGGUGUAGAAAUAAAAGAGUAUUCAUCU